AUGUCUUCAAAAAAUAUCCAACGCCAGCAUAAGGCAUUCAUUGCAAGUUCCGACGACUCGAAGAUAUGUGUUGUCAUGGUGGGCCUUCCGGCCCGAGGCAAGAGUCUCAUCGCCGGCAAGGCUAUGCGCUAUCUGGGCUGGGUCGGUAUCCCUGCACGUGUCUUUAAUGUUGGCAGUUAUCGCCGCUUCAGCACUCCACAGCCACAAGCGGCCUUCUUUGAUCCCCACAAUGAAGAAGGCGAGCGUAUGCGACGAGCUGCCGCAGAGGCUGCCAUGGCCGACAUGCUUCAGUGGUUUAACACUGGGAAGGGCGUCGUGGCCAUCUUGGAUGCUACCAACUCCACAAAGGAGCGCCGCAAGUGGAUCUAUGAGAAAUGCCACGAAGCUGGUAUCGAGGCUCUCUUUGUUGAGUCAAUUUGUGACGACGAAGACCUGAUUAUGACCAACAUCAAGGAGGUCAAGACGACAUCCCCAGACUACAAGGGCCAAGACCCCGAAGUGGCGGCACUUGAUUUCCGCAACCGCAUUCGCAACUAUGAAAAGGUGUAUGAGACCAUCGAUGAUGGCGAGAAGCAUUACACUUAUGUCAAGCUUAUCAACGUGGGUUCGACGGUCAUCAUCAACCAGAUCAAAGAUUAUCUGUCCAGUCGACUAGUUUAUUAUAUCCAGAAUAUUCACAUCAAGCCUCGUUCAAUCUGGCUAUCAAGGCACGGUGAGUCCGAGUUCAACUUGACCGGCCGGAUUGGAGGUGACUCCAACAUCUCCGAGCGCGGUGAGGCCUACGCCCGCGCACUCCCCGAGCUAAUGCGCAAGUCUGGAAUCCCCGAGAACACCAAAAUCGUGAUCUGGACAUCAACGUUGCGCCGCACUAUCCAGAGUGCCCGCCAUCUCAAGGCAGAGACUGGCUACGAGAAGCUGGAGUGGAAAGCCCUGGAUGAGCUGGACUCGGGCGUCUGCGACGGUUUGACCUACGAGCAAAUCGCUGAGAAAUACCCAGAGGAUUUCGCCGCCCGCGAUGAAGACAAGUACAACUACCGCUAUCGUGGUGGCGAGUCCUAUCGCGACGUCGUCAUCCGCCUGGAGCCCAUCAUCAUGGAGCUGGAGCGCAGUGAAAAUGUCAUUAUCGUUACCCAUCAGGCUGUUCUCCGCUGCAUCUACGCCUACUUUAUGAAUGUACCCCAGGAGCAGAGUCCCUGGAUGGAGGUGCCUUUGCAUACUCUUAUCAAACUCACGCCCCGAGCUUACGGUACCGAAGAGCAGCGCUUUAAGGCUAACAUCCCCGCUGUGUCGACCUGGCGUGGGAAGGGGACUUCGGCGAGGCACCAGGAGUUCCAUGCCGCGGAAGGAGGAAAGGCAGAAGGCACGGAGACCAAGCAUUAG